AUGCCAUCUACAUUCACUCACGAAUUCAACGCGCCUGCUUUCAAGGGAAAGGUGUCCUUUAACACCGGUCUCUUCAUUAACGGCCAGUUCCUGGAUGGAUCAGACAAUACCACCAUUGAUGUCAUCAACCCAACAAAUGGAAAGGUAACAACAUCAGUGUCCGAGGGUACGCCCAAGGAUGUCGACCUUGCCGUCGACGUUGCGCAGACAGCCUUCGACACCACCUGGGGUCUUCAUGCGCCCGGUGCUCAGCGUAGCAUUUUGAUGUCAAAGCUUGUUGCACUCAUGGAGAAAAAUGCCGACGAGCUGGCUGCUCUGGAGGCAUUGGACAAUGGCAAGACUUUCAAUUGGGCAAGAAAUGUCGAUGUUGCUGGUUCCAUCGAUUGUAUUCGCUACUAUGCUGGUUGGGCUGAUAAAAUUACUGGUCAAGUACAAGAGACCACCGAGGACAAGCUCACCUACAGUCGCCACGAGCCCAUUGGUGUCGUUGGUCAAAUCAUCCCAUGGAAUUUCCCAUUGCUCAUGAUGACCUGGAAAAUUGGUCCUGCUCUUGCAUGCGGCAACACUGUCGUUCUCAAACCUUCAGAAUUCACACCCUUGACUGCCAUCCGAAUGUGCCACCUUAUCAAUGAGGCUGGCUUCCCGCCUGGAGUAGUCAACGUCGUCACUGGUUAUGGAAACACUGUCGGUAAUGCCAUCUCUUCGCAUAUGAAGAUAGAGAAAGUCGCCUUCACUGGCUCAACUCUUGUUGGUCGCAAGAUCAUGGAGGCUGCUGCGAAGAGCAAUCUCAAGAACGUCACCCUCGAGCUUGGCGGAAAAAGUCCAAACAUAAUCUUUGAUGAUGCAGACAUCGAACAAGCUGUCAACUGGGCUGCAUUUGGUAUCUUCUGGAACCACGGUCAGAUAUGUACCGCAGGUUCGCGUAUCUACGUGCAAGAAGGCAUCUAUGACGAAUUCUUCAAGCGCUUCAUGGAGAAAACUCGGUCGCUCAAGGUCGGCGACCCAUUUGCCCCUGACACUUUCCAGGGUCCUCAGGUCUCAGAGAUUCAAUUCAACCGUAUCAUGUCUUACAUUGAGUCCGGAAAGGCAGCUGGUGCCAAGGUUGAGAUUGGUGGUGAGCGUCAUGGAAGCGAGGGUUAUUUCAUCAAGCCCACCAUCUUCACCAAUGUUGACCCAUCGAUGAAGAUCGUCCAAGAGGAGAUUUUCGGUCCUGUUUGUGUUCUCAUCAAGUUCAAGGAUGAGGAAGAUGUGAUCAAGCAGGCAAAUGACACGUCCUACGGUCUUGCUGCGGCUGUUUUCACCCAGAACCUGAACCGCGCUAUCAACACCGCGCACAGACUCAGGGCUGGAACUGCAUGGAUUAACUGCUUUAACUCAUUCAACUCCAAUGUACCAUUCGGCGGUUUCAAGCAGAGCGGUAUCGGUCGUGAGUGUGGCGACUAUGCCCUAACUAAUUACACAUCAGUGAAGGCUGUCCACGUCAACCUCGGCCACAGGAUGUGA